AUGGCGACCUCGCAAUGCCCAUUUGGCAGCUCACCACGCUCCUGUAACGACGCUCUGCGCAGACGCCGUCGUCGCCGACCUGCGCUUCUCUCUGCCUUUGCUGCCCAAGCAGCCAUCCUUGUCUCUUCUAUACUCGUAUCGUCGCCUGCCAUGAUUGCACUUGUAGGCGCAACACCGAUCUCAAGCGACGACGGCCCCUCCUAUCCUGCUUCCACCUACCCAUCCAGCUUUGCCGCCAAUCAAAGGGCAGGCCAGCAGCUUCUUGGCAGUCAUUAUUACUCCUCCGAGGCGCAAUCGGCAGAUUCGACGCUCGACUCACACGUACAAUACACUCCAGCACAGCCACCACCAUCAUCAUCACGGCAGGCCACGUUACCAUCGCGGAACAAUCACGCAGCUGCAUCCAUAGACGAUGUUGAUGAUGAUCUCCCCCAUCAUUUGCACGAUCCACCGGCAUUACAUUGGCAGCACGCUCGUCGGUACGAUGACGACUCCACCGCCUCUGGCGAUCUCGACGUGUCCACCAUGACCCAGGACCUCGAGCUCAACGCGGAUCCUUCGCCCGUCUUAUCGGAGGCGAUCAAACGCGCCACCCAAAGUGCGCACCGCUACUCGUUGCCAUCGUCAUACCCCUCCACCAUUGCAUCAUCCUGGAGCAGACCCGAGCGCAGCGUAUGGUUCCAGCAGAAAGCCAUCAUCAUCACCUCCAUUUUCCUCGCCAUCUUCAUCGUUCUCUUCAUUGGAGCCGCAGUCUUUUUGCGCGAGAGAAAGUUUGACGAUGAGCUCGCUGAUCUUGACGAUGAAGAGGCACUCCAACGCAUCGAAGAGCGAAUGACCAUGGGCCGCUUCUCUGAACCUGUCGAGAAGGGAUCGGAUAGCCCCGGAGGUGGUGGCAAAUUUAAGCGACGCCUCCGCCUCGGUAGGAAGCGGUCCGAAAAGGAUGGCAGCAACCCGGACUCGUCCGAUCCGUCGUCGGCGUCGUCGAGCGCCGUCAAACGCAAGCGCCAUCUCGUAUCGCGCUGGACCAGAGGCAGCCUUCGUGACAGCAACGACACAAUGCGUGCCGUCAGUGACACCGCCUCCAUCCGAUCCGGCCGUUCUGCCCGUCGCGCCGCCCUCGGCGAUCCUCGGACCCCGCAAGAGUCGGUUGAGAUCACCUACGACAGUGAAGGCGCUGAAGUACCGCGCACUCAUCGUGAAUCAACUGGUGCCAGUUCUGGCAGUACUGGCGACGAUGUCAAUCGCCCACGCUCUCCACCACCGCCACAUCCAGACGAUACAGGCAGGCCACAAGAAUCAUCAUCUGAAGUCAGAUCCUCGUCGAACACUGAUGCGCAACGCAAUCGUGCUUCGGACUCGGAUGCCAGUGUACGGUCACCCAGACGAGUCCUGCUCGACGACAGCGACUUCCAUGCGGCUGAUGCAGCCGAGACGCAGCACAACGACAUGCGACACAUGCCUCCUGCCUACAUCCCCUCUGGCUCCGGCGGCCACUCCCAGUCGACAUACGAUGGCGCGGUUGUUGCUGAAGCCAUUGCACGCGGCGAUGCCAAGCAUGGCGUUCCCCCUCCCGAAGAGCGCGACCCAACCGUGUCGCACGAAGUGAUCACUGCCGCUCUAUCCCGAGCGCCUGCAAGAUCCAGCGAUGCAUACGAGUCACCGACGGGCCCUGUAGCGGCACAUAUUGCAACAGAUGACAAGGCAGUGCUCGGUGCUUUGUCUGCAGCCGCAAGCAUGCCGUCGGCGCCCGCCGUUGAUAGAGAGCUCUCGGCUCCCGCGUACGGUGCUGGAGAGGGAUCGGCGGCUGGUGGGUCGUCUAAUAUUGCUGGUGCGCCCGGUGCUGUGUCUGCAGGCCCGUCAGCGCCUGAUCUCGAAGUGGACGGUGACGGUUUCGAAGUUGCGCCAGCGGCUGAGAUUGCUUCGGGAUCGACAUUAGAAACGGCGUUUGCAGAUGAGAAGGGAGCGAGCAAGGGCAAGGGCAAGCAGAUCCAAAGCGGGAGCGUGCUGCCUGCACCACCCACAGCCGUCGAGACUGCCUUUUCUCCCUUUGAUCAACCCUACCGCUCUUCCGGGCCGCCUGGAACCAACCCCGCCACAUCACCUCCUUCUGGGCGAGUCUCGCCGCCGCUCGGACGCAAAGCGACGUCUGACGCGCCUUCUGGGCCCAAGUCGCUGCGAAAGAGCGAGAAACAGAAGGAAGCCGAGCAGGAACAGCACCUUGCCCAGCUGGUGGCAUCGCGACCCGACGGUAUGGAUGUGCCGCAGUACGAGAGGCUGGAUGGCGAUGCUGUGCACGGGCCGUCUGCGCCUCCGCUGCUUGCUGAAGCUGAUGAGGAGGAGCAUCGUGCAGCAGUGGAGGAGGUGACCGGACGUGAUCACGGCGUCGCCGAUCACCUUCCUGCUUACGAGCAGAGACGAAGUUCUACUGUUACCGCGGUGUCGGCAGCAGCAGCAGCAGCAGCAACAACAACAACACCAGAGUCCGAAGUCGGUCGACUCGGCCGUGCGAUGGAAGGGAACCAGUCCAGCGCGUCAGCUCCUCCGGCGCCUACGGCUCCUUUUGCACCAUCGGCACCACCACCGACUGACACAGAAUAG